AUGUCUCGCUGUUUUGUUAUUUCAUGGCUCCCCUCCUCUGCCCUCUCACAAACUGUUAAAAAUUUCCAAACCGUCUCCCAUCUAAAGCCACCACUAAUUAUUGCUCAACUGCAUCUAACAGCCUUGAAUCUGAAUAAGCACCCAAAAAAGUUUGUGGGCUGCAGGAUUGUCGGAUGCGGGAGAAGUAGAAGGAGAAAUUCGGUAGCGGCCCACCGUGAGCUAAAUGCAUUAAAAUCACUGCUAGUUUCACACAAUUCAUACGUGACGUUAUGCGAGAGUAUGUUGCGUGGGGACCACCGGGCGGGCAACCACCUCUUCAUGUUGGCGGCCCUCUUAAGGUUCUCCUACUUAACUGACAGGAAGGUCAUCAUGCCCGUCAACAACAAAAACACUUGGUACUUGGAUAAACUCUUCGACUUUCGAAAACAUUCACAAGCAAGCACAAACAACCAACAACACAACAACAACACAGAAAACAAAACAACCAACAACAACACAAACGACGAAAUCCAAGCACAAACAACGAACGACACCAACAGCAUGAACAUGGAGAACAAAACCAUAACAUCGAUCGAAACAUGA